CGCGCAGCCCGCGACAGGUCUGGAAGUGCAAGGAGGAGGCAGGAAAACGCUGCUGGAGCGGGGAAUGAUGGCGGUGAGCAAGAAGAAGGGGCAAGUUUGAUACUGUAAAACUGGGACAUUGUGGGCCAUCUUUCGGUGCCUAACACGAUGAAGCAAGUAGGAGAUGACUUCGCUGUGAGUGUUUAGUUAAGACAACUGUGCUCCGAAGAAGCUCCGCCGGACCCAUGGCACCGCCUGCGUAAAGUGGAGGGAUAAUAGUUCACCAACAAAACAACAUCAGUCUCUCAAAAAAACGGCUUUUCGAAUUGGGCUGCAGUCACAAAUAAACAACAAUGAUCAAAGCAGAAAGCAAAGGAGGCGAGAGGACCCUGAGGAGCGCAUCCCCUCAUAGAAAUGCAUACAAGUCUGAUUUUCACGCCAUUAAGUGCUCCUUUGAUGGGUCAAAAUCCGAAGGGGACGCCAAAUCAUAUGCAAAUGGUUCCAGUGACACCCGGGAGGACUCAAGGGGAAGGCCUUUUGGGAACAGAGUGAACAAGAUAAAGAACAUAUUCCUACAGAUGGAUGGUCAGCAACAGGAGUGCCCAGAGGUGAAAGUGACUUUAAAGCCUGAUGUGUCCCCUGUGUCCCCACCGAAGCAGCAAUUUCCAGUUAACACUCACAGAGUUAACCUCAACACUGCCGCCGCAAGCCCAGAAUCACAAAAUUUAGAUAAAACACCCAAGGGGGAAGAUGUUGAGAUUGACAAACAGGCUAUGGCAGAGAAGUUUUCUGUGACCAGAAAACUCUUUGAAAGGGGCAUCAAAGAGCAGCCUGCAGCUGAGAAACAGUCCCCAAACAGAGUGGUAAAUCGUUUGUCCCUCGGAAGUGCCUCUGAUGAGGGGAAAAGCACAAGGAGAGUAUCAGCAUCCUCUGAGAUCAUUAUCAAAUCAGAGCAAACUCCGACAUCAACAGCUAAAUGCCAAUUGGAUGAGAAGGCUGAUGGUGAAAAAAAGAAUGCGUCUAGAGUGGCAUUGAAUGCAGGACCCAUGUCCAAAAGGUUGGAGAAUUACAUGGCAGAGAAUGGCUCAGAAGACAACACAGCUGCUGCAAAGGGAGGAAUUGUGUCUGCUAAACAACACAGUACCACUGAACACUUACUGCCUUCAUCUCCAACAAGGGACAGCUCACACAAAUCUUCUUCUCCUGUUAAAGACUCCACUAACUCUACACCUGACGCCACUAACAAAAAUGCAUCCCAGGCGCCGUGUGUCAACAAAUCAACGGUUUUGGGGUCGAGUGUUAAACCAACAAUUCCAGUUGCAGUCAGCAAUGCGGCAUACAAAACUACUUCUCCAACAACUGAUGCCACUCACAAACCCCUCUCACCAGAGCAAACAACCCCAGUUAGCCACGGCUACAAACACUCCUCAUCAUCCGCUGAUGGAUUUAGUAGGACAUCUGUUGGUGGGGAUGAAGGCAAGCCACAUAGUCCGCCCCCAGGGGAUGUGAAGCAGCCUCAUCUAUCAGCUGGUGGCUCUCAGAACACCAACAGGGCUAAAAACCCUGAAAAAGCCAGAAGUAAUGACAGUGUGGUACAUAGUCCUGUCAGGGACAAUCCAUCCAGCCAGACCUCAUCACUGGACUCAAGAGGGGUGGGCGUGGUACGGGCAGAACUGGUGGUAGUUCAGAAUGAGUCCUCAGAUAGUGAGGAGAAUGAGAAUGAGAAUGUUGAAGAUAAUGUGUUUGAGGAACAAACGGUGCAAAGCCCCAAAGGCGAACGACUAACAGACCUGAAAAGAACCACUCAACCAGAAAAACAGAACUGUAACACUGCUCAUCGUGUAUUAGCGAGAGAAGUCUCUAAAGAGACACAGAAGAUAGCAGAGACUGUGGGCGAAGGACGAGUCUUGGAGGACAACGAUCGAUUUGGGUUGAAAAGGGAGAGACAGGAAGACGGUUCAUUUGUGAAUGAAGAUGUUUAUGGUAAUCGUGAGGAUGAUGAUGAGGAGGUAGCAGAGGAGGAGAGUGAGCUAGAGGACCAGGUGGGCCAGAGCAUCCUGGAUAGAGCCUCACCAGUAGUGUAUGGUAUUGAGAAUGCAGCAUUUGUGGAUGAUAGGGAUGUAGACCAGGUCCUCAGGGAAGAAGAAGAGGAGGAGGAGGAGGAGGAGGAGGAAGAUCAAAUGUAUGGGGAUUAUGACGACUGUUACGAGACAACUGGUCUGUCGGAUGAGGAGGAGCCUCCCCCAAGGAGGAAAAUCAAGUUCUCCACACACCCCAUUCAGGUCUUCAGUACCUUCUCCAAUGAGGAAUAUGAUCGGCGCAACGAUGAUGUGGAUCCAGUCGCAGCGUCUGCUGAGUAUGAGCUGGAGAAGAGAGUGGAGAAGAUGGAUGUGUUCCCUGUGGAGAUUGAGAAAGGAGACAAUGGACUUGGUAUCAGUAUCAUAGGAAUGGGAGUGGGAGCUGACCAGGGUCUGGAGAAGCUGGGCAUUUUUGUGAAAACUAUAACAGAGGAAGGAGCAGCUGAGAGCGAUGGACGAAUACAGGUGAAUGACCAAAUUGUUGAGGUGGAUGGUAUCAGUCUGGUGGGCGUCACCCAACUGUUUGCUGCAACAGUCCUGAAGAACACUAAAGGAACAGUGAGGUUCCUGAUUGGACGCGAGAAGCCGGGGACGCAAAGCGAGGUAGCCCGCCUCAUAAGCGAGACACUAGAGCAGGAGAAGAACCAGCAGCAACAGCAUCAUCACCUGGAUGACCCCUACGAACACUCUACAGAGGAGGAGGAGCGCUAUGAGGAGGAAGAGGACGGAGUGGAUGAGAGGAUUUUGUGCUCCAAUUUCUCUCCAACAGAGAACGUAGAGCUGUUUGAGCUGCCUGAUUCAGAGGCUUCGUUUAUGCCGACCAACAUGGACGGCUCUCAGAUGGUCUUCAAGUUCAAAGAGCUGCAACUCAAACACAGUAUUGCUGCAGCUGAAAUAAAUCAACUAAACAAAAAGAUAAGGGCUUCUGAUGAGGACAGAUCAUUGUGGGAAGCCAAGGAGUCUGCACUGGAGCAAAAGAUCGAGGAUAGCGACGACAAAACCCUGAAGUUUGAGAGUUACUGGCUAGAAGCCCAGGGUCUGUGUAAGAUCGUGAAUGAACAAUUAGCCGAGACUCAGGCCCAGCAGGAGACCCUGGACAAGAAAUACAACAAGGCCAAGAAACUGCUUAAGGACUACCAGCAGAAAGAGAUAGACUUUGUGAAGAAAGAGGAGGAGCUGAAAAAGAUUCUAGAUGAAAAAGAGAAGUCGUACAAGGAGCAGCUGGAGAGCUUGCAGAAAAGGAUAGCUGUCCUUGAGUCCAGAGGAGCCUCAGACGUGGAGUGUCAGAGUGGUCAGGACUCGAGAGCAGACGAGAGGUUGAUCGGCCAAGACCCAGUCACCAACACACAGUCUGUUGACUCACAGCUAGAUCAAGAUUGGAGUGAGUUGGUUCCUGAGACUGAGCGCUUGGACACCAGUGCACACAAAGCAAAAGGCCUGCUGGCUCAGAAGGCCAAGCGUCAGCUGCCGUCUCGGAACAAACUGAAGGAGAGCCUCGCAGUGGCUUCAGGUCACUCUCAGGAAGCUGAAGAAGAGGAGGAGCAGGAGGAGCAGGAAUCUCCCAGGAGGAGGAGGUCCAUCCAGGAGAGCCUGUCCCUCCCUGUGCCUGUCUGCUAUCCUGGGAAUGGACAGAAAGGGGAUCCAGGAGAGAAUAGAGAUGGAUCCAGGAGUAAGGCAGAGCUUUCCAGCAGCCCAUCUUUGUCUCCAUCACAGGGAGAAAGUGUUGAAAGCAGUGGAAGUCCUUCUUUGUCCUCUCCAAAAGACGGCUCGUCGCCACAUUCCCCCUCUGGAUUCAUGCGCAAUGUCAAGAAGAGGGAAUCGAAAGGAAAGAGCAAAGAGCUCAAAGAGGAUCUAAAUGAAGCCUCGUCGGCAGGAAAACCUAAAAGACGAUUUCCAGACUUUGGAGGCCUCCGGAAGUCAGGUGGCAAAGGAAAAAAACAUGACAAGGAGGCGAUGAGAGCGUCUUUGGACAGCAGGGGAUCAGCAGAGUUACUGGAGGAGUCCGGAGGGAACCUGUCGCCUGCAGAUUCAAUGACGUCCAUCCCCACCUGUAUGCCCUUCUCCUGGUUUGGAGACAAAGACAGAGAGAGAGAGCCCUCAUCCUCCAGCAGCAGUCUGCCGUACACUGCAACUGAGACCAGCAGUGAGCAAAGCCAGGACCGCAAGAAUAAGACAAAUCUCUCCUGGUCCUCUUUAUUCAGUCGCUCGUUAGAUUUGAGUUUUUCAGUCAUAGAUGAUUCUAACCCUGCCAGCCCCAGUUCAGAGCUCUCUGGGUUAGUUGCUGAACCCAAUCUGUCUGGGCGCUCACACACUUUAAUCUUCUCUUCCAGCGAGACUUUGGAUGAUGAACCAGUAGCUACAGGGAAAGAGUAUCAGUGGCACAACCGGCCGGUCUCUGAAUGGACCAAUCAGCAGGUCUGUCACUGGUUGAUGGGCAUGAAUAUGGACCAAUACACACCUGAGUUCACGGCUAAGGGAGUGGACGGCCAGCAGCUAUUGUACUUGGACAGUGAUAAGUUGAAGUUACUCGGUGUGUCGAGUCAGAGCGACCGUUCAACUAUCAAGAAAAAGCUGAAGGACCUGCGUAAGACCCAGGAGAAGCUGGAGAAACAGAGAGAGAAAAAAGAAAAGGAGGUCCGACGCAGUGGGAAACUUCCAGUCAGUCCGGACUCUUUCUGUUGAGGCAGCUGCUUUGCUCCUUGAAUUCAUGCAGCUCAUAAAGUUCAUCACUAGCAGAACCCUAAGCAACCCAUUUUUUUAUUUUUUUUAAUAUACUUUUGGUGCCAUGACGUAAGGUCACAUGGUGUUAACGCCAACAACCACAGAACACGACUGCCAGGAUUGUAACCUGUUCUGACUGAGGGGCCGGCUGCGUCUCCUGAUUCUUUUCUCAUCACUGUUCGUCCCGAAUAACAAACUUCAGCUCAAACCAUUUUAACCCAAAGAUGGAGAAUGUCAAAAAAAGUUAGGUGUGUGACAAACAAAGAAUCCUAACAUAUUUUUUACCACUAAAAAGCUAGAAGCUCUAAUUAUAAAAAAGUCAGAUCUAAUUUAGUUGUUGAGAUCAUGCACACGUUAACCUACGGAAGUCAAAUGUAUACUGCUUUUUCAGCAUUUUAUAUUUUUGCUAGUAUAACUUGCCUGUUUCCACGUACCACUCUUCUGCAGGAACGGUUAUUGUACAGUUCAGAUAAAAGCACUAUAUUUGUCUUUUAAGCUUCAAUGGGCGACAAGGUUUUAAAUGUAUAAAUAAGUUUUAUACAUGUGCUUAUUAACUGCAUAUCUUUUCUUUUUUUUUACUUAAAUACAAUUGUUCAUUUUAUACUAUCUAAAUUUUUCUACUAAGUAGAAUAGCUAGGCCGUCAUUUUUGCUGAAUGAAAAGCAACAAACGAAUCAAUUAGGGCUUCUGCUGUCCCUGACCUCUGGCUGUGUGUGGCUGAGAUGGUACCAUGACGCUCCGUGUAAAUACACACAGCAUGCAGGUCUGCUACACGUACACCUCGCCGGUCCAUCACUGACAAGGACUUGUGUGAGUCGGGAGCACAGCGUUAUGUAUGAAUGUGCGGCUGAACGAUGAAUUGUUCACAGCCGAACCAACUGCUUCCUUUCUUCUUCUUCUUCUCUCUUCGCGCAUGUUCUGUAUACAAUACGACAUGUUGGACUACAAGGAAAUCAUGUUUUCCACGUCUUCUUAAUCGGAGAAACAUUUCUUGGUACAUACUGCAUCAAUAAACUAAUUUUCACUUUA